AUGGAGAUGCAGCUGAAGAAGACUCACUUGAAGAAGAAGCAGUUGAAGCGGGCUGGUGGUUGGUAUACGAAGACGUACCUUGCCAAUGUCGCCCAUUGGGCAAAGUCCAUGAUAGAGGCGGCAUGGAAGUGGGCGGCGAAGACCAACAACUUAAGGAAAAAUGAGAUACAUGGCGAGGAGGAGGCUCGACUAUGCUUGACGGAUGAGUUUCAGUUGUUGGACGAGGAAGGACAAGAGAUCUCCAUUCAGGGAGCCCUCGAGCUGGACGAUGCUCGCAUGCAAUAA